AUGGGUCGCAUCGUCAACAUCGACGGGUCCCGCCCCACUCCUUCGACCCCCCAGGUCGGCCGCAACCCCACGCAUUACGAGAUGGUCGGCAUGAUAAUGCGCGACAUGCACAACGACGGCCUCGCUGCUCGCAUUGCCAAGGACUGCCGCGCUCCCGGCGCUACCGAGAUGCUGCAGAGCGUCAUGUGGGACAUCGCCAACAACCGUGUCACUCAGCCCGUCACUCACGUUCGUUCCGAGCGCGUAGUGUUCGACCCCGCCAUCGUCGAAGAGGACGGACUCCACAUCAGCGCCAGCGUUGGCUGCGAGCCCAACCAGGAGGCCGAGCUCUUCACCGGCCUGCUCAGCAUCGAUGGCUUCCACAGCGUCGAGCUCGUCAACUGCAACGAGGUCUAG